UCACAGUCAACGGCCUCAAAGUUCCUGGCUAUUUGGACCACUGCAGACAACACCUUUCUUGGCUACCCCACUCUGAGCUCCAGACGCCAUGAACCCUCCCUCUACAAAGGUCCCCUGGGCCGCCGUGACGCUGCUGCUGCUGCUGCUUUUGCUACCGCCCGCGCUCCUGUCGCCGGGAGCGGCAGCGCAGCCCCUGCCCGACUGUUGCCGCCAGAAGACGUGCUCCUGCCGCCUCUACGAGCUGCUGCACGGCGCGGGCAACCACGCGGCCGGCAUCCUCACGCUGGGCAAGCGGCGGCCGGGACCCCCUGGCCUCCAGGGCCGGCUGCAGCGCCUCCUGCAGGCCAGCGGCAACCACGCAGCCGGCAUCCUGACCAUGGGCCGCCGCGCAGGCGCAGAGCCAGCGCCGCGCCCCUGCCCCGGGCGUAGAUGUCCUGCCUUGGCCGCUCCCUCUGCGGCGCCUGGGGGACGGUCUGGAGUCUGAGCCGUUGCUCUGGCCGGGUUCUGACCCUGCCCUCUCCUCGCUGCCCGCCGGGUGUCAGCCCUCAGAAAAAGGGCAAUAAAGACGAGUCUCUGUUAGUGAA